AUGUUGUACACAAGCGAAUAUUUGAUUGCAAGCAACAACAGCAUCAACGACAACAAAUACAACGCAGAAAAAGUCUCAAAAACAACAUCAUACAAAAUCAAGAAGAUGUUGAAACCCCUUUUGCGCUUAUUGAAAAACAGCAACAAGAGCCAAAAGAAGAUGCACAGCUUCGAUGAGGACAGCAACCAAUCGGAUUGCUACAGUUACACCACCGAAGAAUGUUGCAGCAACUACUCCGAAAUGGACGACAAUUCCGCCAACGAAGCCUUGGAAGCCAAAUUAAUGAACGAAAUCAACAAUUGCAUGGAUAACGCAGCAAUUUACGUCUAUGGUGACAACAACACAUGCGACUUGACACCAGUUACCAAGGAACAAACCUUCGUGCCAGUUCACUUCUACCGCAACGAAGCCGGAACCUUUUUCUGGACAACCAUGCAACGACCGGCCGAUUGUGACUUAAUUGAGCCUCACUGUUUCUCAGAUCAUCAAGUUCCACAAAUGCAAUAUGGUGAUCGUUGGGUACAAGCAUAAGUAUUGCAAGUAAACAAAAGUAACUUAAAAGUGCCAUAGCUUUAAUUUGAUCUCAAAUGUCUUCCUAUUUUUUAUUAGAGU